UUAAUGUCAAUUGUCAAUAUAUUUUAUUUUCCUUCGUCCAUGCUUUGCUUUGAUUUUAUUCCGAUUUGGAGUUUGAAUAAAUAUAAAACGCGUUUUUAUGCGAAAAUUCACACGUGCGUUUUGUUUAUUUAAAGUUUUUAGUUUUCCUGAAUUAGCUGUAGAUGUAAUCGAGCCGAUAUGGUACAGGCGCCAGAUAUAUCAAAAAUGAAGCAUAAAGACUUGCCCCAAGCUUUAAUUCUACUAAGCGAAAUGAACUUAAGCGCUCAACACGUAGCUUCACUAGUAGACAAUAUGAUACAAAAAGUAAGAAAAGGGGAAUUGACUACAGAUCAGGGUUUGAGCUUCCUGGAAAUGAAAUACAACACGCUUCUAAGUUAUCUAAUAAAUUUAACCUACGUGGUGCUGCGAAAGUGUUCAGGAGAAAAAAUCACUGAAGACCCUUGUAUAGACAGAUUAGUUGAGUUAAGAACUGUAUUAGAGAAAAUCAAACCGAUCGACCAAAAGCUUAAAUAUCAGAUCGAUAAGUUGGUGAAAAGUGCCGUUGCGGAAUCAUCCGUGGACGAUCCCACGUCUUUCAAAGCCAAUCCGGAAAACCUCCUUCAAAAAGAUAUCCAGAGCGAUAGCAGCGAAAGCGAUGAUGGUGAAGCAACUAAACCGGAGAAGAAGAAGAGCGAUAUUUAUGUUGCUCCUAAAUUAUCAGCUUUACAUUAUACAGGUGAUGAAACUGUUAAAGAAAAAUCAAAACAUCUUCAAGACCGCUCGAAGAAACUAGCCCUAUCAAAUUCUAUUAUGCAGGACCUACGCGAGGAAUAUCUGGAUGUUCCUGUGGAAAUUUCUCAAAGCAGUCGAGCUCAACAGAUGUUGAGUAAGCAGCAACAAGAACGGCAAGACUACGAGGAGGAAUAUAUGACACGUUUGCCUGUUACUAAAUCGGAAAAACAUAACAGGCGUAAAUUAACAACUUUAGGUAGUUUAGGUGACGAAAUAACUGAUUUUGGAAACCAAUCUCAGAAGUCCAAUAAACGCAAAAGAAAAUUCUCCAAGAAAGGGACGUUUAAAAGACGAAGGUUCAAUUAGUGUUUUGUUAUUAUUUUUACGAGUGGUUGUUGAUUUGAAUUUUUACCACGUUUUUUUUUUCAGUUUUGGUUUUUAAUGUUUUGUUAACGUCUUUAAAAUAAUACAUUAUUUAGAUGAAAA